AUGAAUCAGUCACAGCCCACCAUGACAAUCAUACGCAAGAGAGGAGUAACCAUCAACCCAACUGUCAAAGCUGUAGAGGUCUUGAGCAUCUACGAUUAUACCCCUAGCGAGAUAGCAGCUGCUUGGUAUGACGAAGACGACAUGCAAAAAAUCACACAACGGUGCUUCAAAGUACUGCAAAGAAUGGAAGAAUGUGGAGGAACCAAGAACGGCCAAAAGUAUUGCACUCGAGGUCUGGAAGGUCACACCACGCUGGGGUCCAUUAGUAAAAAGAAAACAAGAACAGCUGCGUUCGCAGCAGUGCUAAAUGAGCAAGCAAGGCAAUGGAACGAGAAUGAACAAGUCAACAUUCAAGCCAUUUCUUAUGCAUACAGAAAAACUAGCUCAAGCAGCCAAAUGUGGGCUCAAGUCAUUGGCAACCAAGACCGACAGGCCGCAGAUGCUUAUCUCUACGCCGAUGAAGAAGAGGACGAAGAGGUUGAUGCGACUAGACCCAUGAGAACUACAACUACAAGAACCACAGUUUCAAUUUCUGCUCUAAAGAGUCCCGUCAGCCAAAAAAGAAUACGGAAAGUGGAAAGCGCAGCUCGCCAGAAAGGAAUCAAGCAGAAAAGUGCGAGGGCAGCAUGA